AAAUUAAACCAGAGUAAAUUAUAAUUUCAAACACAUAGUCUACACAGCCAUGCCAUAUUCGUCGGUAAACUCUGUUUCGGCUAUGCACGUCACAACUCACGCGGGUGCACCAUGGAAAAACAUGCCGUGUAGCCGGCAGUGGUGUACGCAGAGCAAUGACGAACGUUACAGCCAUCGAAAGAAAGAAAAAAACAUCCAGACCUGACCUCAGGCAAAGGAACAUGCACUGCGGCGCCGUGACCACGAGUGCACUGUGCAGCAGAAACGCUGUGCCUGUGCGCCUCGCUCCACUGAUCCAAAGCUGCCUGCGCUCUCUCCAAGGUCGCCAUGGGAUCCUACCACUACACCUCGCAAUUCGUCGAUUCCAACCCCAAGCCCAGCCACAAACCCAAGACCACCGUCCAAAUCCCGAUUACAUCCCCUCGGGAGGCGGCUCGGGGAGGAUCGCCUGACGCGGUGGCGGCCGCCAAGAUCCAGGCGGCCUUGCGUGGGUACCUGGUCAGGCGGCACGUCACGGCCGUGCGCGCUGCCGACGCCGAGGCGACGCGGCUCGAGCGGCUGCUCCGGCGGCAGGAGACCGUGGACGCCGUCCGCAGCGACGAGCGCGAGCGGGCCCGGUUCUCGGAGGCGCUGAUGGCCGUGCUGCUCCGCCUGGAUGCCGUGCCGGGGCACUACCCCGCCGUGCGGGACGCGCGGCGCGCCGUGAGCCGCCGCGUGGUCGGCCUGCAGGAGGUGUUCGACGCUGUUGCCGUGGCACCCAAAGCCCAGACGUGCGGGGUGCCGGCGAGCCUGGAGCAGGUCCUGGAAUGGAUCUGGGGAGUCGGAGAGGCGCCUGCUCCGGUGCCGCCGCCGCAGGCGGAGGUGGAGGAGGAAGUGAGAAGGGCCGGGUCAUGCUGGGCAAGAUUUUUUGGUGGAGUGUAGUGAGUAGUGUACGGUCAUAGGGUGGCUACAGUGUAGCACGUUGUACGGCGCCGUGCUCAUUUGUACAUGUUGUGGAUGUAUUACA